GAUGGCGACCUCGUCGAUGCCGGAGUCGGAGAAGAACGCGGCUACAGAAGCUUCAGAGUGAAGGCCCCAGACGCUGCACCUCCCUGUCAGGCGAUCCCCUAAGCCAAUGGAGGAGAACGAGGUGGAGAGCAGUAGCGACGCGGCCCAUCGGCCUGGCCGGCCCGAGGAGCCCUCCGAGAGUGGCCUGGGUGUGGGCACCUCGGAAGCCGUGUCUGCAGACAGCAGCGACGCCGCGGCCGUCCCGGGGCCGGCGGAGGCCGACGACUCUGGCGUGGGGCAAAGCUCGGAUCACAGCAGCCGCUCUCCGGAGGAGGUAUCUGAGAGCAGCUCAAGCACAGACCCCCUGCCUCAUGGCUAUCUCCCUGAUUCAUCUUCUGUGUCUCGUGGGCCAGUGGCCGGUGUGACAGGUGGCCCCCCAGCACUGGUGCAUUCCAGCGCACUCCCAGACCCCAAUAUGCUGGUGUCUGACUGCACGGCUUCCUCCUCAGACCUGGGCUCGGCCAUUGACAAGAUCAUCGAAUCCACCAUUGGGCCCGACCUUAUCCAGAGCUGCAUCACUGUGACCAGUGCUGAGGAUGGCGGGGCUGAGACCACACAAUACCUGAUCCUGCAGGGUCCAGAUGAUGGUGCCCCCAUGACAUCGCCCAUGUCCAGUUCCACCCUGACCCACAGCCUGGCAGCCAUUGAGGCCCUGGCCGACGGCCCAACGUCCACAUCCACGUGCCUGGAACCACAUGAGGAGGCACAGAGUGGGCCCAGCUCCCCCGUGCAGCCACCCCCAGCCACUGGCUCUGAGGAGCCAGACCUGCAGAGCUUGGAGGCCAUGAUGGAGGUUGUAGUGGUGCAGCAGUUCAAGUGCAAGAUGUGUCAGUACCGGAGCAGCACCAAGGCCACACUGCUGCGCCACAUGAGGGAGCGGCACUUCCGCCCAGUAGCAGCAGCAGCUUGUAAGAAGGGACGGCUACGGAAGUGGGGCAGCUCAACCAAGACCCAGGAGGAAGAGGGGCCAGAGGAGGAGGAGGAUGACGACAUCGUAGAUGCUGGUGCCAUUGAUGACUUGGAGGAGGACAGCGACUAUAAUCCAGCUGAAGAUGAGCCCCGGGGCCGGCAGCUACGACUCCAGCACCCCACCCCCAGUACCCCAAGACCCCGAAGGAGACCUGGCCGGCCCCGGAAGCUGCCUCGCCUGGAGACUUCAGACAUCCCAGAUGGUGUGGAAGGAGACCCUUUUGUGAGUUCCCAGAGUGGACAGAGCCCUCCAGAGCCACAGGAUCCUGAGGCUCCCACCUCCUCAGGCCCAGGAUGCCUGGUGGCCCUGGGCAAAACUGGCAGGGCCCCUGUGGAACCUGGCGUGAGCCAGUCAGACACAGAGAACACAGUGCCCUCCUACCAGGACGAGCUGGACACGCCGCCCCGCCGCCGUGGUCGACCUUCCAGGCGCUUCCUAGGCAAGAAAUACCGCAAGUACUAUUACAAGUCACCCAAACCGCUGCUGAGGCCCUUCCUGUGCCGUAUCUGUGGCUCUCGCUUUCUGUCCCACGAGGACCUGCGCUUCCAUGUCAACUCCCAUGAGGCCGGUGACCCCCAGCUCUUCAAGUGCCUGCAGUGCAGCUAUCGUUCCCGCCGCUGGUCCUCGCUCAAGGAGCACAUGUUCAACCAUGUGGGCAGCAAGCCCUACAAGUGUGAUGAGUGCAGCUACACCAGUGUCUACCGGAAGGAUGUCAUCCGGCAUGCGGCUGUGCACAGCCGAGACCGGAAGAAGAGGCCAGAUCCGACCCCAAAGCUAAGCUCUUUCCCCUGCCCCGUGUGUGGCCGUGUGUACCCCAUGCAGAAGAGACUCACACAGCACAUGAAGACGCAUAGCACUGAGAAGCCCCACAUGUGUGACAAGUGUGGAAAGUCCUUUAAGAAGCGUUACACCUUCAAAAUGCACCUGCUUACGCACAUCCAGGCUGUUGCCAACCGCAGGUUCAAGUGUGAGUUCUGUGAGUUUGUUUGUGAGGACAAGAAGGCACUGCUGAAUCACCAGCUGUCCCAUGUCAGCGACAAGCCCUUCAAAUGCAGUUUUUGUCCCUACCGCACCUUCCGAGAGGACUUCCUGCUCUCCCAUGUGGCUGUCAAGCACACAGGGGCCAAGCCCUUUGCCUGUGAGUACUGCCACUUCAGCACACGGCACAAGAAGAACCUCCGCCUACACGUUCGGUGCCGACACGCAAGCAGCUUUGAGGAAUGGGGACGGCGCCAUCCUGAGGAGCCCCCCUCUCGCCGCCGCCCCUUCUUUUCUCUGCAGCAGAUUGAAGAGCUGAAGCAGCAGCACAGUGCGGCCCCUGGACCACCCCCCAGCUCCCCAGAACCUCCUGAGAUCCCCCCAGAAGCAGCACCUUUCCAGUCACCUGAGACGCCCCCGCUGCUCUGUUCUGACACCCUGGGUGGCGCCACCAUCAUCUACCAAGAAGGAGCUGAGGAGUCAGCUGCGAUGGCCACACAGACAGCCUUGGAUCUGCUGUUGAACAUGAGCUCCCAGCGGGAGCUGGGGGGUGCAGCCCUGCAGGUGGCCGUGGUGAAGUCGGAGGACGUGGAAGCAGAGUUGGCAUCCUCUGGUGGUCAGCCCUCCCCCGAAGGUGCCACUUCACAGGUGGUAACCCUCCAUGUGGCAGAGCCCGGGAGCAGUGUGGCAGCUGAGAGCCAGCUAGGCAACCCUGACCUACAGCAGAUCACCCUGGCACCCGGUCCCUUUGGUGGGGCUGGCUAUAGCGUCAUCACGGCACCUCCUAUGGAGGAGGGGACAUCAGCUCCUGGCACGCCUUACAGCGAGGAGCCCCCAGGUGAGGCAGCUCAGACUGUGGUUGUGAGUGACACCCUAAAAGAAGCUGCUACCCACUACAUCAUGGCUGCUGAUGGGACCCAGCUGCACCACAUUGAGCUGACUGCAGAUGGCUCCAUCUCCUUCCCAAGUCCAGAUGCUCUGGCCUCUGGAGCCAAGUGGCCUCUGCUGCAGUGUGGGGGGCUGCCCAGAGAUGGCCCUGAGCCUCCAUCUCCAGCCAGGACCCACCAGGUGGGGGACCCCCAGAGUUCUGCCUCCCCACCUCCUGUAGCCAGCAAAGCCCUGGGCCUGGCAGUGCCGCCCUCACCACCAUCAGCAGCGUCAAAGAAGUUUUCCUGCAAGAUCUGUGCAGAGGCCUUUCCUGGCCGAGCUGAGAUGGAGAGUCACAAACGGGCCCAUGCUGGGCCUAGUGCCUUCAAAUGCCCUGACUGCCCCUUCAGUGCCCGCCAGUGGCCUGAGGUCCGGGCCCACAUGGCGCAGCACUCAAGCCUGCGGCCCCACCAGUGCAACCAGUGCAGCUUCGCCUCCAAGAACAAGAAGGACCUGCGGCGACACAUGCUGACCCACACCAAAGAGAAGCCUUUCGCAUGCCAUCUCUGCGGGCAACGUUUUAACCGUAACGGACACCUCAAGUUCCACAUCCAGCGGCUGCACAGUCCUGAUGGAAGGAAGUCAGGGACCUCUACAGCCCGGUCUACAGCCCGGACCCCCACCCAGACCAUCAUCCUGAACAGCGAUGACGAGACAUUGGCCACACUACACACUGCACUCCAGUCCAGUCAUGGGGUCCUGGGCCCAGAGCGACUACAGCAGGCACUGAGCCAGGAACACAUUAUUGUGGCCCAGGAACAGACAGUGACCAAUCAGGAAGAAGCCACCUACAUCCAAGAGAUCACCACAGCAGAUGGCCAAACAGUACAGCACCUGGUGACCUCUGACAACCAGGUACAGUACAUCAUCUCCCAAGACAGUGUCCAGCACCUGCUCCCCCAGGAAUACGUUGUGGUCCCUGAAGGCCAUCACAUCCAGGUACAGGAGGGUCAGAUCACGCACAUCCAGUAUGAACAAGGGGCCCCGUUCCUCCAGGAGUCCCAGAUCCAGUAUGUGCCUCAGCAGCUGGUCACACAGGCUCAACUUGAGGCUGCAGCACACUCGGCUGUCACAGCAGUAGCUGAUGCUGCCAUGGCCCAAGCCCAGGGCCUAUUUGGCACAGAGGAGGCAGUGCCUGAACACAUCCAACAGCUGCAGCACCAGGGCAUCGAGUACGAUGUCAUCACUGUGGGCGAUGACUGAGCCUCAAGGGCCCAACGCAGAUCAUGGAUAUUGGGGCCAGCCAUCCUAGGGGUGAGGGCCCCACCGGGACUCACGUCCCUGUUUCAUUUAAGGGUAUCUGGAUACUGGGCAGCCAGCACCUGUCACUCCAAGGGAGCCAGACCUGUGUUGUUUGGGUUGGGGGGCAGCCAUGGGCCCCAGCCUGCAGGCAGGCUUUGGGAAAGAAAUUUAUUUUUGUUUGGAUGGACCCACUGGCCCUUCAGUCUCAAUAAAGGGACCAGAGUCCAGCCCUG